AUUGGGUGUCCAAAAAGGGUGCACAAAAUGUACCCUCUCCAGCGACUGUUAGUGCACAGUUUCAAGAUAAAACAGGCGAAUAAAAAUCUAAUUCACACUUGUGCCACGUUACGCACUUUUUGGGAAAAGGACGAUAAGGGGGGUUAUAAUACCAAACAGCAUGUCCCCUUUAAGGAGAGAAUGCGUCAGGGGCUGCAUGAACUAAAAGAGGAGAUAGCUUUGUGGAAACAGGAAAUGAAGGAGGAUUUUGAGAUGGAUCCGAUUUUGGUGAAUAGGCCAGGAGAGACUGACAUAGUUUGGAAGUUUGGGGACGAAGAGUCGCUGAAAAAAUGGGUUGUAACGAGUGAUAGUGACCAUGGUGAAGGUUUUAGUACGUGUAGUUUAAGUUUGACGAACAAUAAGAAAGGGUUGUUUUCUGGUGAGUUAUCAACAAAAGUACCAAGGGAUGGUAAAGUUAAGAGGUCUGGUUAUUGCAAUAUUAAAACGCUAAGGGCUAGGAAAUCGUUUAAAAGAGAAACGUAUUUGAAUUGGAUGGGGUACAAUAUGCUAGUUAUGAGAGUUAGAGGAGAUGGACGCUCUUACAUGUUGAAUAUUUCAACGCGGGGGUACUACGAUAUCCUAUGGAAUGAUAUGUAUCAUUAUGUAUUGUACACACGAGGAGGACCAUACUGGCAAGUUUCUCGGAUACCUUUCUCGAAAUUUUUCAUGGCCUCGAAAGGUAGAGUUCAAGACAAGCAGCAUCCCAUAGCUUUGAACAGGGUAACGAAUUUUGGGAUAUCAAUAGGGGACAAAGUCAAUGGUCCUUUCUCGCUUGAAAUUGAUUACAUUGGAAUAGAGUACGAUCCUAAUCACACAGAAGAAUUCGCAUAUGAAUUGUAUGAAACCCCUAAAUACAUGACUGCGACUUAUUUCGUUUUUUAUUUCAAAUUUGGCGGCAAUAAAUCGCCAUGAAC